AUGAUCCAUUCACCCGUGAUCCUUUCUGCUGCGGCCGUUCUGCUUGUCGCCCAGCUUCCCGGUGGGUUGGCUGGCCCUGCCAUGGCGAAGAAGCAGUGGGGCGGUUGGUCGCCGAGCCAACCGUGCGGUGGAGAGGUCUAUGGACGCGACCAGCCUUGGUGGAUCUUUGCGAGCGUUACCUCUGGUUCCUGGGGAUCGUUCACGUCUCAGGCCUGUGAGACCGGCUUUCCUAGUGUGACAGACAGCGCUUCGUUGCCGUCUGCUACAGACGCUGAGACCUCCACGUUCAUUUCCAGUGAAGUCUCUUCUGUCACCCAGGAGAGUUCCACGGAAGAAUCUCGUCCAGAGUCUACUAGCGAAGCUACGGUGACGGAGACUACCGUUGAGACGCAGACACUGGUGGAAUCAGGUGGAGCCGAAAGCACUGCUACUGCUACCUCCUCUGCCUCGGCGUCCAGUUCCUCGUCCUCGGCGUCUUCGAGUGACAUCGACGCGUGGUUGACUGCACACAACACCGUCCGCAAGGAUCAUGGUGCCAAUAACCUGACUUGGAGCGAUGAGGUCGCUGCAACUGCUCAGGCUUGGGCAGAUCAAUGCAGUUUUGAUCAUUCAAGCACGUCUUACGGAGAAAACUUGGCUGAAGCCUCUGGAGAUCCGGAUAUUGCAAGCGCCGUACAGCUGUGGGCAAACGAAGCUUCGGAGUACGAUCCUAGCAACCCGACCUACUCGCAUUUCACGCAAAUGGUUUGGAAAUCUACCACUGAGCUCGGAUGCGGUUAUGCCAAGUGCUCCAACAUUUAUGCUGAUUACGGAGGUGGAGUACUUUAUGUUUGCAACUACAAUCCUGCUGGAAACGUUGACGGAGAAUAUGCCGACAAUGUCCAGGCUUGA